AGGGAAAAUAUGAGUUGUUUUCCUGCGGCCAUAAUAAACAAAGCAGCACAAAUUUGAAAACUACGCCGUGCAGGAAAGCGCAAAUGGAGCAACCGUCAACAGAAAGCGCCGCUGUCCAACCGGGCGUGUCCCCCGCCCACAUCCAGGAUACGGAUCAGCUACUGGACCCCGUACUUUUCUCCAACGACAAUUGUAGCUUCAAGCUGAACACAGUGCCCGCAUUUAGUCUUCACCUCGUUAUCUCCACCGUAAUCUCGAUUGUGGGCAUCGUACUAGCAGCAUCGUUUCCAGCGGAUCGUCGUUGCGAUGCAUACUUCAUAAUGCUCUACCUACGGGCAACCUUCUGGGUCAUUACAUAUAUCUUCGAUCACUUUGUAAAGAAACAACACGACAAUCUGCGCAUGCAGGGCUAUCACGACUUCCACCGCGAGACGAACAUGCAAAAGGGGAUUCCCCUGCAGUUGGUCUCCCUGUGGAACUCCAUGCUGCUGGCCGUCCAGGCCCUGAUCCACCAUUUCUACGCGGAGAACUUCUGGGAGCACUGCGCCGCCGGAUGGCUGUCGCCGGUCAGCUAUGUGACAGCCUUCACCGUGGCCGAGAAUCUGGUGCUGGCCGUCUCCCACAGCGUAUAUAUUGACAAGGUGCGUAAAUUUAACAACGCCAAGCUAUCCCCCGACGUUCUGCGUGGUGCGGAUCGAGCCGGUGGUUCUUUGGGCCUCAUGCAACCCGGAGGCGAUACCGACGAGCUGUUAGAGAAGCAGGCCGACCUUAUUGCAUAUCUACGGGACCACACCCACAAGCUCAACCAGAAGCUGCACCAAAUGCAGACAAACGUGCGACCAGUAAGGUCUCCGCAAAUUCCUUAAAGACAACUUCACAUUAUUUUUACGUAUUACUUUAUGUUUAAUGGUGGUUCUCUUUUUAUUUUGAAAUGAUUUGUUCAAGACGAAGAAAUAUUCUUCAAGGAGAUCAAUUGCAAAAAUGCAAUUGGGAGCUAACAAAAAAAUAACAUAUUCAACUGUAAAUACAGAAAACGGAAUCCUUAUUACGCGAUCCAGGAUAAAGUUCGUUGAAUUGUAUUAUACAAACAAGUGUGUGUGCAAAAUUAUUAAAUUAAAACUGAUUUAUACAAGUAA